AUGGUAAUUAGUGGAAAAACAAAGAAGGAGGAUAACCAUGAAAUAUCACCAAAACAUAAAUUAACGGAUCUUUGUGUAUUAGAUUUAUCAAGGGAAACUUCAUCUCUUCAAUUACCAAAUGCAUUCAGUAAAUUAAUGUCGAUUAGCAAACAAUUACAAAAUGAGUUAAAGCUAACUAGAAAAGAAAGAGAUGAAGCAUAUAACUCUUUGAUUUUACAGAGGGAUUACUAUGAACAAUCACUAGGAUGCGCAAUUAAAGAUAAGAAUGGAAGUAAAAAUGAGGUGUUGGAAAAGCUAUUAAAUGAUACAGCUAAUAUUGAGUAUAGAGCUGAGCUGAAUAAUCUGAAGAGGGAAUAUGAAAGAAAGAUGGAGAAAGAGUUUGAGGAGGAAAGUAAAAAAUUAAAAACACAAAUUUUAAAAGACGUUGAGAUUUACCUGGUUAAGUAUAGAGAUUUAGCAAUGCUAGCAACAGAAGAGGCAAAAAGGCAACAGAAAAAGGCAGAAUUAAUAAAACUAAAAACAAAAGAAUUAACAGAAUUGACUUGCAAAUCUUUUGAAGAAAAACUUCGUAAUAAGAUGCAAGAAGAUUUAAAGAAAUACGAAGAAGCUACUCAAUCUGCAUAUUCAAAAAUGAUUUUGAAAGAGAAAUCUAUGAAUAUUAGAUGGAAUGAAAGGGAAAGAUUUAUUGAGAGGGAAAAGAAGGACUUUGAGGAGUCAAUAUUAAAGCAAGCAGAAAAAAGAAUUGAAGAGUUUAGAAAGGGAUUAAUGACAACACAAGCGCAAUUAACUAAAGAAAGGGAAAUAUUCGAGGAUAUGAUAACAAAUUUGAAAGAGAGGAUUACUUUUGAGUGUGCCGAAUUUGAAAAGGAAAUGUACCACAGGUUUGCUGUCACAUUUAGUUUGGAUGAAAAUGAAGUUUCAAGAAGAAUGCAAAACUACAGUGAUGCACUGGAAAAGAAGGGUGUAAAUUAA